CCGCUCGGAGCCGCCUCUGUGCGUGCAGUCGGUGGCACUUCAUCACGGAGCGCACUCGAGGCAGGAGGCGGACCGUCGGGCGUGAACCAAAUAGUAACGGUGCACCGGAGAGGCAGCAGUGUGCGGGACAGCGCGUGCAGAGGAGCUACCCAGAAGACCCCUCCAACCCGCCCGCCGGGUGUUUUUCCAUCUUUUCAUUUUCCACUGGAGCAAUUUGUUGCAGUUUAAAAAAAAAAAAUUGAAUUGUUCUUUUUUCUUUUCCCGUGCCGAUCCGGUUCCGUUCAGCUCGUCACUUUCGCGUCCGACCCGUUCGUCGCCUGCGCUUCGUCGGAGAUGUCCAAAAAAAGACCCGCCGAGCCGGAGUCCCGGGUGAAACAGCAAGCCGCUCUGGGCAACAUGACUCGCCUACCUGGUUUCUCACCGCAGGGGUCUGUAGAAUGAAAACGGCUUUUAAAAAAAUAAAUAAAAUUAAAAUAAAAAAAUAAAUAGAUAAAGUCCAAGCCGCGCGCAAGGAUGUCGGUUCCCUUGCUGAAGAUCGGCGUCGUGCUCAGCACCAUGGCGAUGAUCACCAACUGGAUGUCGCAGACCCUCCCCUCUCUGGUCGGGCUUAAUACCACCAAGCUCACGGCGGCGCAGGGAGGGUUCCCGGACCGGAGCAUUGGAGUGUUGCCGGCGAACCCGGAGGAAUCGUGGCAGGUGUACAGUUCGGCCCAGGAUAGCGAGGGGCGGUGUGUCUGCACUGUGGUGGCGCCUCAGCAGUCCAUGUGUUCACGGGACGCCCGCACCAAACAACUGAGGCAGCUGCUCGAGAAGGUCCAGAACAUGACCCAGUCCAUCCAGGUCCUGGACCAGCGAACCCAGAGGGACCUGCAGUAUGUGGAGAAGAUGGAGGUCCAGCUCCGUGGUCUGGAGACCAAGUUCAGGCAGGUGGAGGAGAACCACAAGCAGAAUAUUGCCAAGCAAUACAAGGCCAUAAAAGCGAAAAUGGAGGAGCUUAGACCGUUGAUACCAGUGUUGGAGGAGUACAAAGCCGAUGCCAAAUUGGUAUUGCAGUUUAAGGAGGAGGUCCAGAAUCUGACGUCAGUUCUAAGCGAACUUCAGGAGGAGAUGGGGGCCUAUGACUACGAGGAGCUCCACAACAGAGUGUCAAAUCUUGAGGAGAGACUGCGAGCAUGCAUGCAAAAAUUAGCGUGCGGCAAGCUGACGGGCAUCAGCGACCCCAUCACCAUCAAGACGUCUGGGUCCAGGUUCGGCUCCUGGAUGACCGACCCGCUGGCACCCGAAGGAGACACGCGGGUCUGGUACAUGGAUGGUUACCACAACAACCGCUUCGUGCGGGAAUACAGGUCGAUGCAGGACUUCAUGACGUCGGACAACUUCACGUCCCACCGGCUGCCCCACCCGUGGUCGGGGACGGGUCAGGUGGUCUACAACGGCUCCAUCUACUUCAACAAGUUCCAGAGCCACGUCAUCAUCAAGUUCGACUUCCGCACCUCCUCCAUCAGCAAGUCCCGGCAGCUCGACUACGCCGGCUUCAACAACGCGUACCACUACGCCUGGGGAGGCCACUCCGACAUCGACCUGAUGGUGGACGAGGGGGGGCUGUGGGCCGUCUACGCCACCAACCAGAACGCCGGCAACAUUGUCCUCAGCAAGCUGAACCCCAACACCCUGCAGAUCGUCAAGAGCUGGACCACCAACCACCCGAAGAGGAGCGCCGGAGAGUCCUUCAUGAUCUGCGGCACGCUCUACGUCACCAACGGCUACUCGGGGGGCACCAAGGUGUACUACGCCUACUCCACCAACUCCUCCACCUACGAGUACAUCGACAUUGCCUUCCAGAAUAAGUACUCGCAUAUCUCCAUGCUGGACUACAACCCGCGCGACCGAGCCCUCUACGCCUGGAACAAUGGCCACCAGGUUCUCUACAACGUCACCCUGUUCCACGUCAUCCGCUCAGAGGAGCUGUAACCACGGAACGCGGGUCACGAACGUGAAUACCUUCUGUCUGUGUAGAGGUGUCCCUAUAUAGGAAAAUAUAUAAGCCUGUACGGCGAGAUCGUUCUAUUUAUAAUAUCAGACAAAUUCUACUGAGAGACUGCAUCCACACAAUGGAUUGAAUGUGCAUUUUUAAUGAGACUGAAAAAAAUAUAUAAAAUUGAAGGGUUUCAUUCCAAAAUGUGAUAUGUUUGUUACAGAAAGAAAAGCUUUACCUGUUCAUAUCACAGUAUCAAAGAUGAUUGUUAAUAAAACCAAUGCUUUUUGUACAUAAAGGUCUUAAUAUAACUCUAAUAGUUACCCAUGGUAGACAUUAUUUUAACAGCUGCCCUGCUUUUAUCAGAGGUAUUUUAUUUUGGAAUGAAACUCUUUAAUUGUUUGACAUAGAAAACGAUUGUAACAGUAGACUAAUAUAUCAGAUUUAAAACAAUAAGAUCAGAUGCCAAAAAAAAGAAAUCAUCACGCCUUUUUUCAUAUUAUGGAAUAUCAAUCCAAGCCCAUUCCUUCGGCUCCGGUUCCUCUGCAGAAUCCCUCCCUGCAGAACUUCCCUCUGGGCCGACGGGGAUCCCCGGACAAAGACUGCUGGUAGCAAACUGUUGGAUCCCCGAGGCCUCGUGGACUCACGGGAAGGCGGGAGCUCAGUCUGGUCAGAAGACCCGUCGGACCUGACGGCUGCAGGCCCGUCAUUUUGUGUUUAUCAAGAACAGUAGCAAAUCAAAAUGUCCGUAGAGAAGCAGCAAAAAAACAAUAAGAACGUCCACUAAAAGACCUGAAGGCACUGACUGUUGGCAGCGCUGUUGUUUGACAUGAUUUCCCCGUGUUAGUGACUAUGUGUGAACAAGGCUUUCUUUGCAUGAGUGUUUUCACUCCGGUCCGCUCUUCUGAAUGUCUUUUGCUUAUGAUACCGUAAAAAAAGAAUGGCGGGAGGGAGACGGUGGGGAACAAGGUAGAAUAACUUUGCGGUUUGCAAACGUAUUUACAUGUUUUCCUGCUUCUCUCCACUUGGUUCCUCUUUAAUUCAUUUUCCUUGCAAACAUGUUAUUUUUUCAAAUGUUCUUGUAUCACUGUAACUGUUGGCACCGGUUUUGCCUCUCUGUGUUUGUUUAUUUGGACUGCGGGGGAUGAUUCUAUCUAGCGCACAUAUCUCUGAAGAAAAGGAACAAAAAAAAAAAAAAGAAUGUAUUGAGUAUUGUAUUCCGGGAACUUGGUCCUCCUAUUUUCAAUUCACAUCAUGCGCCUGUAGUAGAGAGAGGGUUUUUUAUAGAGGAUAAUCCCGCCUCGUCCCGUGUUACCCCCCCACCCACCCACUGCUAGUGGAGGAUAAUGCUGUUUAAAUGUAUUCCCUUGCAGGGGACAAAAGCUUUUCACCCUUUUUGCGCUUUGCUGGACAUGUGUUGUAUCUGAGAUGAGAUAGUUAAUGAUUCGUGUCAAUAAAACAGAGAAAUCUAA